CUUCCUGCUCAGAUGACGAUUGAUGGUUCAAACCUCAGAGAGACUUCUCAUUCACACAGAGACAUCAGCAGCACCGCAGCUCUGAGAGUGAUGCUUAUGAUCCAGUAAGCCAUGAUGAGAGGGCGGCUCCUGUUUGUGCUCUGGUGCUUCAGCAUCCUGGCAGCGGCCCGCAGCAUCACAGUUUCAUGUGUGAGUGACUACAUCAAAAACAUAACCUGUGGGGUGAACGGCAUCAAACCUGACAACUACAGCCUGAAGUUCACUUAUAGAAAAAGCAACACGUGUCCAAUCGUGGCGACUGAUCAGGGUUACUUCUGCAACUGUCAAGUUUCAGAUUCAGAAAUGGCAUCCAUUUAUAUUUAUGAAAUAAAUAUUUGUAAUGCAUCUUUCUGCAAAGCUCUCCAAAGUGACUUCAGACCAAGACUUAACAUUAAGCUGAGUCCACCUCCUGCAGUGGAUCUCCAAAAAUCAACAGAUUAUAUCAACAUAACCUGUAAGAGUGACAGAUAUAAAGAACACAUGUACUUUAAAGGCAAACUCAUAUACGAAGCUCUGCUUCAAGAAUCCCACGGCAGCUGGAACAGAACUGUUUCCCUCCCACCAUUUGAAAAUAAUUACGCAAUUCAUAGCAAAGCAUUGCUCAAACAAAACACAGAGUACUGCGUGAAAGCCAGAUUUAAGCCUGAGGACAACACAGCCUGGCGCUCUACGUGGAGUGAGUGGGGUGAACCAGCAUGCUGGACAAAUGAACAAAUGACAGAACAAGACAUAGUUACUAUUUUACUCAAAUCUCUGGGCCCCGCCUGUUUAAUUAUUGGAAUCCUCCUGUUUGCUUUCUACAAUCCUGCUACAAGAAUGAAGAUCAAAACUCUGGGCCGCACACCAACACCGGCCCCGUUCUUUAAGCCUCUGUUUCAGCAACAUGACGGAAAUCUACAGGAGUGGCUUUCACCUCACGGCAAGUAUGAUCUGACGUACAAAACCGAGGAGGACUUGAUCACCGAUGCCGUGACUGUUGUGCCACAGUCCAGCCCAAAGGAUUUAGAGGAGAACCAAGUCUUCCUCACGCAGCUGGUCUUUCCUCUGAGUCACACCUCCUACGUUGGUUUUCCAGGGAUGGAGAAAGCCUCCGCUCCUCCUUUUCCAGGAGACACUCCGUACACUCAGCUCCCCUGCUCCGUUUGGAGUCCCUGCGUCCAAAACGUAGAGGUUGUCUGCUCCGAUCCAAAAGAUUUCCUCGAGAUAAGCCGUUCUGAUUCUGGCUGCAGCUGCGAGGGUCUGACCCAAAGCCCGGAGUGCAGCUUGCCAUGCAGUCCUGUGGAUGAGAUCCCGACACCCCGUCACUGUAGCGACUACUGCAUCCUCAACAAGACCGCCCAGGGAGUCGUUCCUGUGCUGCUGUCCAAAGAACGUCCUGCAGAUGUUCCCGACCAGUCUCUGAAGUCAGAAGGAUGAAAACUCCUUCUGUUUGUUCAUUUACAGGGAAAUGGCUUUCAUCUGCUCAAUGCCAGUCAACAAACCUGCCAUGUUUCCCAUCCCUGGUGAAACGCAUCAGUUUGCACUUGCAAAUAGGUAGUUGAAUUACUUUUAACUGGUGAAAGCAAAAUGAUUCUCAGUUUGUAAUAGACCUGCAGGGUAUCUGUGACCCGUCUGAGAGUGUGAAGGUUUCACUUGUUCUUGGCAACACACUGCUUUUUUUCUGCUUUUUUACUUCAGGAAAAAGGAAAAGAAUGAAUCAUUUAACGGAGAUUAUAGUUAACAAUAGCUUUCUAAUUGUUUUGAGAUGCAUUACUUUCAAUAUAUUUUUGCCAGUGUUGAAAUAUUUUAGUAUGGAUUCAUAGGAAACUUUAUUUUUAUCUGUGCACACGUUGAGUUUUACUCUGACUCCAUUUAAUCGAAUCAGAACAGACUCUGUUCGCCUGACAGUGUUCUUGGUUUCAGAUGAAGGAAUUUGAAUUUAUGCUUUAUGUUUGAUGUAAAAAGGGUCAGAAAUGGUAAUGUACUUAUAAACCUCUAAGUUUAGGCAGAACAAUGGUUUCUCCAUCAUUUUUUUGCCCUGUAUUUUUUUAUUUUUUUGCACAGCGUCCUGAUCUGCUUAUAAAACAAGCAGAAAAUGACGGAUGAAUUUCACUAAGGGACUUUGAACUUUUAAAGCAUCACUGAAAAUGUCUUCAUCUUUGCCGUGUGUUCUAUUGCUUUCAUCAGCUACUUUCACAUUAAUGUCCUGAAUAUAUCUGCAGCUGAAUGUUGAAUUAACAUGUGGAUCUCCUGUUUAGAAAUUUAAAAGAUUGUCACUUUGUCUACAGCAGAAGGAGAACGAUGUGCUACUAAAUUUAUAAAAUGGAGUAGCAAUAACCACAUUUAUCUCCAUCAUGUACAUUUUCUUGUAACAGCCUAAUAUUCAAUAAAGUACAGAAAACACUUUUUUUCCUUUUUAUUGUAUUUUCUGCAGAUUUUAGAAAAUU